CGAUUCAACGUUAAAAGAAGACCCGACAAUAGCCGAUGAUGAAAUCACAGAGUUUUUCUGAUGCGCACAGCGUUACUCCCGAUCCGAUAAGUAGCGCCGAAGCAACGCCGAAGAAAACGCCGGCCAAGGCAAUGAGCAAGAGUAUGAUGACUAAACAAAGAAGGAAUCUUGCAAGAGACAGGUACAAGACUUACACUGUUGCUGCUGAAAUGGUAAUGAAGGAAGAAGGGGAAAAACAGAAAGAAAGUUGUAGUAGUAGUGCUGACAAAACAGAAGACUAUGCUACUACUAGAGAAGACCUGAACUCAAGGCAUGUAACAGAUCUGAGCAUUGACAGCACGACGUAUCCCGUGGAGCAACCGCGCCAGCUAACGCCAAAAGAACGUCGACAGGCUAACCGAUCUCGCUUCGAGACUCAAGUCUUGGACAGAGCCAUAACAAGUGCUCUUCAACAGGCCGCCGUAGGGACGCCGAAGACCGAGAGUGCCGAUCAAAGCUACGAUAGUGGAGUGCCUUCAUCGCCACAGCAACAUCACAGUCCGACGAGGAGUAAGCUGGGUAUCAGGAGGAGUUUUAUACAGAAGAGGAUGGAGAAUCGAGACAGAUUCAAGACGCAGACGUUGAGCGAAUCGAGUUUUUCUCCGGGCAGUUCCAGUGUUUCACCUCCUGUCCUGGCAGAUUGUAAUGGUUCAGAUAUCCAACAAAGAUUGCAACGCGAAGCAGAUGCCGUGCUACAAUCUCUCCAAACGGAUGCGAGAACCACCCCCAGCGUCGACGAACAUCAGUUCAUCGAAUGUGAAACGCUCAGCUUGGUUAGCAACGACGAUGAUUCAGAGUGCAACUUCAGCGUAGUUAGUUCGACUGUCAACUAUAGAACAUACAACCGAAGCUGGAGUACCAGAAGCAGAGGUGCUGACUCCAAGAGUGCGAUAGAUCCAGAAACUUUAACUAACGGCAAAACCACAACAGAUAUCGAACAGCUACUAGAUUUACCUGAUCCAGAUCUUGCUGGUAGUGAUGGAGUUUCAGAUGAUGAAAAUGAACACAGGAUAGGUGGUAAACCAAAAAUAGUGAAACCUUCUGAAAAGCCUGAAGAGCCAACUGUAAACGAAGAGGAGGAGCAAAUCAAAGGAAUCCGAGGAAGAAGAAAACCCCUGUACUCUAAAAGUAACAUCAAUAAAAUCACACCGAAAAGUAUAAAACCUGCAAAAACGAUGACUUCGAAUUUAGUGAAAAACGUCACAUCAGCUAUCAAGUCCAGUGCACCACUCAAGCCGUUUACCAGCAGACAAAAUAAAACAGUGCCUUCUAAGCAGGCUACAGUCCAGAACAGCAGAAAGACGACUGGAAACAACAGCAGACCCGUGAGCAGUUCCAGCUCGCCAAAAACGAGUCCUGCUAGGGUACCACAAUCGAGAUACAGUCCAAACACACCCCAAGUGGGUCAACUGCAGGUACAAAACAAGUCGGGAACACUGCUAAAGGCACGCUUGUGAUGGAACGUCAAGGCACAUUCACGAAAGACGACCCGGUACCCUCCCAAAGUACCGGAGUCGUACCGAGAACCACCAGUCGGAUACCGACUCCCGCAUCAUCGGGCACAAAAAUACCGCAGAUUUCGCAAAGACCACGACCCGCCAGCGUGAAUAUACCCAGGGUACCAUCUGUGGGUACUAAACCGCCUACGCCUAGAAUGCCCGCCAAGUCUGCUAGUACCGAUAGGACGAGCAAGACCUCUAGAAUAUAUAACAGAUCGACCAGUGCAGAUAGUCGCGAAGCAGUAACAGCGAGAAGAAUACAAAAUAGUCCAUCUACACAAAGUCUUAAAGGAGACGGCAAGACUCAAAACGGUGCUGUGAAAAAGUCUUCUAUACCCAGCUUAACCAACAGGUCUAACAGUAACACUAGCCUGAACUCGAACGGAAGCACAAGCGCAAAGAAACAAGUGACGAGCAAAAUAGCGAGUCUGUGGAAGAAAAUUGAUGACGCUAAAAAGCAAACGCCGAAGAAGGAUAGUCGGAUUUGGAUCCAACCUCAAACCGAGCCUGAACAGGUUGCCGAGCCGCCCAGGUUGAUCAGAAGCAACACCUUCGACAACAAAGACGGUGUUAUCAUGCGAAAUCGCGAAUCUAAUGACGAAAUUGAUCCCGCGAAAAGGGUGUCGCGAUUGGAUCGUUUGUGGUGAUGGAUGAAAUUGAGAAUGAGGUGCCGCAAAUAUCCAAUGUUUAAAUGUGAGGUCACUUAGUAGGCUCGGACCCGCAUAAUACUCUGAUAAACUCGUGAUUAAAAUGUUGAUCAACCGAAAGAAGAAAAUACUCGUGUUGACCACCGUCUUAAGUGUCAGUGUUGAAGUAUUCAAAAUACUCCUUUAGACUGUUGAAAAAAGGAUGUGGAAUUAAGUUAACGACGUUACCAUGGCGGGUUGAAGCUUACUUACAGCAUAGAAUCUAUCUUUGUAAGUCAACUUGACUCCGAGACGUCUCCGAGGUAACGUCGCUAACUUAGUGAGCAAUAAACUUCAUCAUUGACAACCAGAUAUUGAGAUGUCAUUUGAAAUUAUUCACAAAACUGACCUGCCUCUGGAGUUUCACUGUAUUUGCAGCAUAAUUCCAAUAAAAAGUUUAGGAAUUUUUAUAUAACUUACACCUGAUCCGUGAGUUUAUCAGAGUAAGGAAAGUGCUAUAGGAUCCGGGCCUAUUAUGUGGUGAAAACUUUGGUACACAGUAGGUUUUUACUGUGCCAGGUUGUCAUCUCUUCUGUUGCCAGGAAGAUUAUCUGUUUGGUUUACGUUCGUUUUGUUCAGUCUAAGUGGAAAAUAUUAAAAGAUAUCUCUUUUUGGCUACUAUCAUGCAUUUUUCUACCUACAACGCACUUUGAUGGCUCAUGUUUAUGAGUUAUUGAAAGGCAACUAUUUAUUUUCUCUUCUUCCACUUGCCUGUCUCUCUGUUUGUCUAGAACAUAUGUUAAUUGUAAUAUUGUUCCUUUUUGUGGUUGAUUGUAUUUUUAAGAUAAUUGGAGCAUAUUAGUUGUCUGAUAUACUGAUUCUAGACAAUUUAUAAGUUGAUAAAAAGCAUUUCUAGUCCAAUAUGAUUAUCACUUAGUUGUCCUUUGACUUAUGUAAAGACUGUAUAUUGUUUAUUUUUAGGUUACUUUUCGUGAUAUAUAGCUUAGACAUUACUCUAUGUGUAUAUACAAAUUAGAGAAUGAGAUCGUACACCAUCACAGUGUAGUUUUGUAAUGUUUGUAUGUAUGAUAUUUGGUAUAACAUAUAAGGCUAUAUGCUGGCAUUUAGUUUUAGUUCGAAGAUUUACUCAUUUGAAAUUAUGAAUUAUA